CACUGUAGUGGGACGCACCACUCUGGGGACAGGGGCCCCCCACGCCGAAGAGCCUGCUCUGGCCAGGUGCAGUCCGGGGACCGAAACCUGGUCUGCUGAGUCAAGGGGGCUGGGGGGCAGCCGAGCCGAGGCGCUGCCAUGGAGACGCCGGUGGCCCGCUGUGUCCUCUACCCCGGGGACGACCGCAGCCUGGAGCAAGGGACCUCGUUCACCCCUGGAGAGCGCGCCGGGGGCGCGGACAGUGCCUCCCAGAGUCCCGGGGAGCUCAGCCCGCAGCCUGCGGAAGUGGCCGCCGCGGGGGAGCGCGCGGCGUCCCCGGCGCUCGCCCCCUGCAGCCUGCGCGCGUCCCUGUGCUUCAGUGCCGGCCCGGGCUCCCCGCCGCAGUCGCGGGCCUGCGCGGCCCAGGACGCAGCGGCCUCCCCGCCCUCCCCGCGCCGCGUGGUGCAGACGCAGCGGGAGGUGAGCAGCAGCGCGGCCGCCGGGACCCCCGAAGAGGAGCACACUUCCCCGGAAGCGCUCAGGACCCCUGAAGAAGAGGAGGAGGAGGAGGAGCGCGCGUCUCCGGGAGCGCUCGGGACCCCCGAGGAGGAGGAGGAGGAGGAGCAGGAUCCCGCAGACCCCGCGCCCUUGCCGCCCGGGGUGGGCCCGGGUCACGGCGAGCCCGACCUGCUUAUCGAGGUGUCCGGCCGCCGGCUGCGCGCGCACAAGGCGGUGCUGGCCGCGCGCUCCGACUUCUUCCGCGCGCGCGCGUCGCGGGACGUGCUGCGCGUGCGGGGCGUGGGCUUCGCGGCGCUGCGGCUGCUGCUGGCCGACGCGUACAGCGGGCGCAUGGCGGGCGCGCGGCCCGACAACGUGGCCGAGCUGGUGGCCGGCGCGCGCCGCCUGCAGCUGCCGGGCGCCGCGCAGCGCGCCGCGGACGCCGUGGCCGCGCAGCUGAGCCUGGACAACUGCUACGACGUGCUGAGCGCCGCCAAGCGCCAGCGGCUGGGCGAGCUGCGUGACGCGGCGCUGCGCUUCAUGAGCGACCACUACCUGGAGGUGCUGCGCGAGCCGGGCGUCUUCGGGCGCCUGUCUGGCGCCGAGCGCGACCUGCUGCUGCGCCGCCGCCUGCGCGCCGGCCGCGCGCGCCUGCUGGCCGCGGCGCUGGGCUCGGGCGGGGAGCGCGCGGGCAGCCGGCCGCAGAGCCCAGGCGCCGACGCCGACGCCGCCGUCUACUGUUUCGAUGAGGCGGCCGGCGCGUGGCGCGAGCUGGCCCGGCUGCCCGCGGGCGCGCCGGCGCGGGGCUGCGGCGUCUGCGUGCUCUGGAACUAUGUGUUCGUGGCGGGCGGCGUGCACUCCGCGGGCCCCGACGGCCGCGCGCGCGCCUCCGACCAGGUCUUCUGCUACAACCCGGCCACCGGGCAGUGGAGCGCCGCGCGGCCGCUGCGCCAGGCGCGCUCGCAGCUGCAGCUGCUGGCCCUGGACGGCCACCUGUACGCCGUGGGCGGCGAGUGCCUGCUGAGCGUGGAGCGCUAUGACCCGCGCGCCGACCGCUGGAGCGCCGCUGCCCCGCUGCCGCGCGGCGCCUUUGCAGUGGCGCACGCGGCGGCCACCUGCCACGGCGCCCUCUAUGUGUCCGGGGGCUCGCUCUCCUACCGCCUGCUCAAGUACGAGCCGCGGCGCGACGAGUGGCAGGAGUGCCCGGGCAGCCCCAGCCGAGAGCGCUCGGCUGACAUGGUGGCCCUGGACGGCGCCCUGUACCGCUUCGACCUGUGCGGCGGGCGUGGCGAGGCGGCGGGCGCGGUGCGCGUCCUGCGCUACCACUGCCUCGCCAAGCGCUGGAGCGAGUGCCCCGCAACGCUGCGCCCGCCCGGGCCCACGCAGCCCUUCCGCUGCGCCGUGCUCGACGGCAGCAUCCUCUGCGUGGGCCGCGCCGGCACCUGGCGCUUCGUGCCCGCGCCCGAGGGGGACGAGUCGUGCGGCAGCUUCCAGCCAGAGCCGCUCGGGGCGCCCCUGGACGUCCGCGGGGUGCUAGUGCCCUUCGUGCUCAGCCUGCCCGAGGAGAAGCUGGAGCGGGGCGAGGACCCGGACCAGGAGGACUCGGGCGAGAGUGGCGCGGUGUAGCCCCGUGGGCCGAGGUCUCCCCCUGGAGAGGGGCAAGGGGCAAGGCCAGCCGCACCCCCCUCCCGCCUUUAUGCUUCGCUUCGCUUCAUGAGCGCGGGGGGGUGGGCUGGGGAAGGGUGUGGGGGCCGGGAGUGGAAUUGGGCGUUAGGUGGGUGAUCGUGGGUUGCGCCAUGUACUUGGGGUGCGCUCUGGGUACUCCUGGUGCGUUUGCGCUGGAGACUAAGGGGAGAGGAGGCAGACAGUCCCUGUCUGGGUGCACUGAGAAGUCGGUUUCUGGUGUUGGACCACGAGACUGGGGAGUGGGCUUCGCUGGGGAGCUCUGGCUGAAGGGCCUGCUGUGGCCUUGAGGGUUAAAGUGGACGCUUCCUGGCCUGGUGCCAAGCCCCAUCCCUGCUCGGGCUCUGCUGCUCCACACCCAGUGGCAACAACAGGCCAGCUGCAGGCCGGAAUACAGCCUGGAAGUUCCGUGUUUCCUCUGGCACCCGCGGUGGAGAACAGGAAAGGACGCAGUGCACACGCAUAUCCACAGGCGCUGGUGCGCUUCUGGGCACAGACACCUGGGCGAACACAGCUACACGCAUGCGUAGGUACAUGUGAACACAAAAAUACACACAGCCCACGUACAUAUAUGCAAGUUACGCUCACACAUUAGGCAUCCACACAAUAUCACGUGUACACACUAGGACAUUCACGUAUGCAAGUUACGCACAUUGGGUACACAGGAACACACGGUAACACGUGUACACAGUCAUGUGCACGAAUGCACCCAAGUGUGCACACACAGCCCCUUGGGCUGGGCACUGCACUGAGUUGGGAGGAGGUCUGUACCCUGGGAGAGGGCAGCUAUGCCUUAUUUCUGUGCACUCGUCCUGACCCACGCUGGGCUGCAGGUGCUGGCCAGUUGCCCCCCAGAGCUGUGUGUCUGACUGCUGGCCGCCUGUGUCCACAGCUGUGCUCCGGAGAGGACUCAUCCAGGAGCAGCUUGUGGCUGCUCGGGCAACAGCUCGUGGCCUCUGCCCAGCCUGUCUGUUCCCAGCACAGAAACAUGUCUGAGGUCCAGGUGGUGGGGAGUUGCUUCUGGCACCAGGGGCGUGUCAACCCAGGUUGAACACACGUGCACACACGUGUUGGGCUGUGGCCCCAGGCACGGUGACAGCGAGCCCACUGCCCUGGAACCUCUUCCUUUGCAGCCAGACAGGGCGCUGCCUCAUCAGGAAGGAAGGAUGGGGACCCGCUCCCGACACAGGCAGAAUCCAGCUCUCCCCGUGCGGGCAGCCGCACUGCAGGCAGUGGGACGGGGUAGAAUGCUCCGAGGUGAGCUCGCCUGGCCCGAGGCCCGAGCAGGUGGGGGGUGGAGUCGGGGCCUGCUGUUCAGAGCCUGUGCUUGUGAAAUGGGCCCAUGGCUUACGAGCAGCGGCUUUGUGGUGCAUGUGCUAGAGGCAGGAGUUGUGGGCACCUCUCAGGUUCUGUGUGUGCGCAGCUGCCCGGGCACCCGCAGCCGGCAGAGACUUCACCUCACCAGGCUUCGUUCCAGACACGGACCGCAGAGCUGGCAGAGAGCACGGCACAGGACAGUGCCGUGCAGGAAAUGCACGCGCCCUACAGCAGUGCCCUAUUUUCUCUCUAGAAUUGUACUAUUUAUGCUAAAACUUUUCUAUGAAAUGGAGGCAGACUAAUAUUUUCAUUCCUAAA